CACAUAAAUACAUACAGUGUUUGCUAUAUGUGUGUUACAAUUCCACUGUUUUAAAUUAAUUGCACUAAUUGUACUUCAUUUUAUUCCGGUUCACAAUUUGCACAAAUAUAUGCACAUUCACUUUUAGCAACGACUAGUUGAUCGUUGAUAUUAAAGCAAAAAUGGAAUUUUUAGACGAUUUGAAAAUUACUUCGUACAUAAAAGCAGGAUAUUUUGGGCUUGUAGUGAAAGCCGAAAUUGUAUCGAGUUCACAAGACAUAGCUUGCAAACUUGUCUAUCACGUUGACGAGGAAUCUAGAAAACAAACCAUAAAACGCGAGUGUGAAAACUUGAUGGAUAAGGAUCAUCCUAAUGUUCUUAAAACUCACGGAUAUUCUGAGCAUUCCGUCACAAUGACUGACUUGGCUGGGAUUCUCGACAACCUUAAAGCCACUGACAUCGAAACCCACAUGUGGAAAACAAAGUGUGAGUACAUCGCAAGAAAUUCGCAGACACUGACCUUGUUUCUUAUACGGAUGGAGCUGUGCGGGGCUUCGUUGCGCGACUGGCUCAAGAGCAAUCCGUCCCCCAAUUCUUCCAAGCAAAUUAAAAUAGUGAAUGAAUUAGCUUCUGGACUUCAAUAUUUGCAUAACCUGGACAUUGUUCAUCGAGAUUUCAAACCAGAAAACGUUCUCUUCUCCAUUGAGGCAGACAACGGUGUGUAUGGGCAUCCCGUGAAAAUCGGAGACUUUGGAUUAAGCAGAGAAAUUACCGGAGAUGAGUCAACCUUAACAAGCCGAAAAGGAACAAUCGACUACAUGGCUCCAGAGGCAUUUCGAAAUUUGUAUGGGAAACAGGUUGACAUAUUCAGUUUUGGACUGGUCACUUGGGAAGUUUUGCAACUAAUCUCGCCAGAGGAUCGUCCUGGCCACUUUAAAAAAUUGAAGGAAGGCGAAACAAAUAUUGUCACUGUUGACCUUAUUCCAAGGUUUAAUAUUCGAAGGGCAAAGGAACUAAUUAUUCAUAUGACGAAGGAACUUGCAGCAGAAAGAACAAAGAUAAUAGAUGAUUUCAUACAACGGUUUACAAUUGUUGCACGCAACUCUAGUGAGCUGGUAGACGUUUUAGCAAAUUCUGACUCUGGCGACAUUAUACACCUUGUUGGAACGAGGUACGAUGGCAAUUUCGUAUUGGAUAACAAUGACAUUGUUUUAGACGGUGGUGGCGUGGCAGUGUUGUCUCCAGGCUUAUCUAACAAUACUGAUUGGUGCAGCUUGACCAUUAAUGGAAAUAAGUGUAUAGUUCGAAACAUAAAAAUUAAUUGCUGGCAUGCAAAAGCCGAAGGACCAAUUACUAAUGCCAUCAAAUCACAGGGUUUGUUAGUCCACGGCAAAGGAAACCGUAUUGAUCAAGUUACGGUCUUGGGCGGAAACAAAAGUGUCAUCAUCCGUGGUCAUGCAAAUUGUUUAACACAUUUGCAUAUAAAAGAAGCUGACACAGGCAUUAUGGUCGAGGGGAACGAAAACAGUCUUGCUGAAGCGACAUUUAUUGGAAUAACAAAAACUGGACUAGAGUUGAACGGAUGCAGCAACAAGGUCCGAGAUCUUGAAUUUCUCAAUGACGUUGAUUUAGCUGUCGAGCUCAACGGUUCUGGAAACUUGUUGGAAAACGUGCGCAUAUCAUCAUCCAAAAAGUGUCGCGGUAUAAGCCAUAGAAGGGGGGCCAAUAAUGCGAUUGCAAAUUUCAAGUUCAAAGGUGAUGAAGAAUGGGGAGUAGAUAUGGCAAGGGACACCCAAUUGUGCUCACUCACUAAUGUCAAGUGUAAGGUGUUACGUGUCAGCGGAAGUAAUCAUGUCUUAACGAGCUGUACUGUUGAGGAAAUGCACGUUAGAGAAGGAAAUAACCAAAAAUUUACAAACUGUCGUGCUAACUUGAUAACAGUUUCUUCCAUUUCAGCAGACGAUAAGCUAGAAUUUAUUGGAUGUACAUUCGGCAAGCCCAGCCAGAGUGUGGUUUGGAUGCAGAAUGCCUGAAAAGAAUAAUUUUAAGUGAUAGACUGGAUGUUCUACUUGUGUAUUUUUAAUCAUAGGUUACACAUAACUUACUUAUUACAAAAUUCGUAAAAUAUUUCUUACAUAUAUCAAUUGUUACAUAGGUGCAAGCGUGCAUAGGAUAAAAAAUUAGACUAUAAUCACUCAUUGUACGAGAUUCUGUCUUUGCAUACACACUGGAACUAAUAAAUUAUCUUCUCUAUGUAA